AUGAUUAAUAAUGUCUUUUACGUUAUCUUAGUGUUUUUAUUUUUUCUGUUAAUAAUUAAAUGUGAAUAUGUUAACAAUGAGAAGGAGGAAGUGGUUUUCGAGACGGACCUCCUCGGGGGGGGUGCACACCACGAGAAGGGGACUUCAAGUUUAGAAGGCAACUACGCCGAUGAUGUAAAGAUUGGAAGCGGCACCGAGGGGGGGGCUGUAGGCAUGCAGCUGCAGGGGGAGCAGCAGGGCGAGGAGGGAGCGCAGGUGGGUAUGGCCCUCUCUGUGGAAGGAUCCGCAAUGAGCCUCGUCACUAUGGAGAGUGAACCGAAGGCAGGCAGCGUCAUCGUCGUGGAGGCGGUUGCUGAUGGUAACACCGCCAGUGGGAGCAUCGUCGCGAAGGAGAGUGAAUCGAAGGAAGGUGGCCACAUCGUUGUGGAGGAGGCCGCCUCGAGUGAUGUCAUCAGAGAAACUGAAUCGGAGUCAGGCAGCAUCGCCAUGGUGGUAGACCCCAUCGUGGUAGAUCCCAUCGCUAAUGACACCGCCAAGGGGGAUGAAUUGAAGGCAGGCAGUAGCGUCGUCGUGGAGGAGACUGCAGAUAGUGACGCUGUCAUUGACGUUGCCACCGACGUUGUCCCUGUGAGGAGCAGCACCGAGGAGAGCGAAUCGAAGACAGAUGGCACCUCCUUCGUGGAAGAGGCCGCUGUUAGUAACGGUGCCAAGGGAAAUGAACCCAAGGCAGAUGCAGUCCACCUUUUGGAAGAGCCAACUGACGGUGACGCCGUUAAGGAGAGUGAACACAUUGCCUAUGACGUAAUCGUCGUGGAGGAGGCAGUUGAUAGCAACGACCUCAAGGUGGAUGAAGCGGAGUCAGAUGGAGUUGUCUCCGUGGAAGAACCCAAAGCUGAUGAUGACGUUAAAGAGAAUGAACACACUGCAUAUGGCGUAGUCGCCGUGGAGGAGGCAGCUGAUAGUAACUCUGCCAAGGAAAGUGAACCCGUUGCGGAUAGCCUAGUCGUCAAGGAAGAGGCAGCUUCUAGUAACACUGCCAAAGGGAGUGAACCAGAGACAGAUGGUGCCAUCGUCGUGGAAGAGGCAGCUGCCAGUAACGCCAUCAGGGAGGUUGAAUCAAAGCCGGAUAACAUCGCCAUGGUGGAUGAACCAAAGGCAGAUGACACCCCCGUCGUGGAAGAGGCAUCUGUGAGUAGCAGCACUAUAGAGGAUGAACCCAAGGAAGAUGACACCUCCAUCGUGGAAGAACCCAUCAUGGAAGAACCCAUCGUGAGCGUCGCCACCUCGGAAGAGUCCCCUGUGAGUGAUGCUACCGAGGAGAGUGAACCCCAGGCAGAUAGCACCGCGAUAAUAGAAGAACCCAUUGUAAGCAGCUUCGUUGAGGAGGGCAAUUCGAAGCAAAAUGGGGUUGCCAUGGUGGAUGAACCCAUUGUGAGUAGCGCCGCCGAGGAAAGUGAAUCCAAGCCGGAUAACACCUCCACCGAGGAGGAGUCCAUUGUGAGCAGUCCUGUUGAGGAGGGAGAAUCGAACCAAGAUGGGGUUGCCAUGGUGGAGGAGGCAGCUGUGAGUAGCCUCCCCAAAGAGAGUGAAUUAAAGCCGGAUGACAUCGCCAUGGAGGAGGAGACAACUGUGAGUAGCGCCUCCGAGGAAAGUGAGCCCAAGACGGAUGACACCGCCAUCGUGGAGGAGUCAACUGUGAGUAGCGCCCCAAAAGAGAUUGAAUCAAAGCCAGAUGACACCGCCACCGUGGAGGAGGCCCCCCCGGAGAGGCGCGUCGCUAACAGGAGGAAGCCCUUCCUGGUGGAGUACCAAGAGAGAGUGAACCAGUACGACCAAGUGGUAGACGAAAUAAUACUAAGGAGUCUAAACAGAGAGAAUUACAAUUUCCUUAACAUGUUGGACGAGUAUGCAAUGAGAACCCAAAUGAGUGGAGAGAUGUACACAGGGAUGAGGUAUUUAAUAAAAGUGCUCAUCGGAACUACGGUGGUAACUCCAUCCUACAAGGAGAAGAAGAAGUCAUUUAAUUAUAAAAUUGAGGAGAAUACCUUUAAGCGUCAUUUUGUAACGUCCCUCUUCAGAUGGUAUAAUAAUUUUAAGUUAGUAGAAUCCCAUUUUGAUAAAGCCAAUUACGUGUACUAUGUUGGGGAUGAACGGGUGUACUCUUAUAGGUACUCCUACAGACUCGUGUUGAAUUUGCUAAGCUCAGAAACUUUUUCCUUUUAUUUGGACUUGAACAAAUUUACCUUGCUGGAGAUACUAGACAGUUACAAUAGGUACAGCUUUAAGCUGAACAACAGCCCGAGGUACUACCCCUUCCACAUGUACACUGGAAAGUCGCUCAGCGAGUUUGUGGGCCACUAUUUUGAGUUUUAUAAUCACCGCUAUUUUGAGAAGCACAGGCAUUUGAUUGCGGAGGAGGUGCACCAUAAUGGGAUAAAGAAGAGCGGCAACAAGUUGUUUGCGCAGCUGAGCAGGUUGAACCCGAACUUUGUUUUGUACCCGUUCGGGGGGGGCGCGCCAUCAUCUUCGUCCGCUUCGUCAGAUUUGUCUUCUCCCACCGCUUCGUCUUCGUUCGCUUCGUCAGAUUUGUCUUCUCCCACCGCUUCGUCUUCGUUCGCUUCUUCCGCCUCUUCCGCUUCCCCCCCCCCGCGGGUGGAACACUACCUGGACGCAGAAGUCAACCUGGUUUUUUCCAUUUUUGAGGAGUUCCUGGUGAACCUGCUGAAUGACCUCUACAAUGAGUACUACAACGACGGGGUGAAGCGCGCCAGGAGGGAGGGAUCCCGCGUGGAGGCCGCUUCGAGUAUCAGCGCCCCGGUUGUGGAGCCUCUACCCGGGGGGGAUGACUUGAAGGAGGUUCCGGGGGAGAAGACGCAGUGGGAGGAAGUGGCGCCCCUCAGUGAGGCUUCUUCUGCGGAGUUGAGCGGGUCGCUCGGUAUCGCUGCGGGAGCGGCGGGUGAAGCGGUGGGCGCGGAGGGCUCCCCGGCAGAGGGGGAGGGAGGGGAGUCCAUCACUGGAAAGCAUGGUGAAGGCGAACCCGUUGCGGACAAACCUGACGGAAGAGAGGCCAUCACUGAUCAGCGUGAUGAGGGCGAACCCACCACUGACCAGCGUGAUGAGGGCGAACCCACCACUGACCAGCGGGACGACCCCCUGGGCAACGAAUUGUGGAGGGACCUGCUCGAGUCGUACAAGGAGGCCCCGAAGGCAGAGGACCUGAAGAAGUACAACCAGUAUAUUUUGAAAAACCUAAACAAAAUUUUAAACCUCUCCACGCAGAAGGAAAGGCAGCGAAUGGAGGACUACAAAAAUAAAUAUGAGCUGAAGGACGGGUUCAUUGUACACGUAGCCACGGCUAGACACACGCCCCUGCUGUUCAACCCGUCGAAGGAUGUCUACGCGUAUCUCAGCCAGAUGAGCAGUAAGAAGCAGGUGAAUUUUAAAAAUGUGUAUGAUUAUUUGAUGACGAUUAUAAGGUACAAGGAGGGGAGCAACUUUUAUGACGGCUUGUUGCAGAGUAGGCGGGUAGCGGGGGGGCUCUGGCGCGGGGGCGACUCUCCAGGUGGAGAGGUGAACGGAGGGGCAAGCAGGGGACCUAGCCGACCCGCCAAACGGGUGAUCGAGCGGGUGGUCGUCCAUGAUGGGGAGUUGUCCACUGGGAUGAAGGCAAACGAGUUGAACGCAAACGAGCUGAAUUCCUUUUUGCUGUUUAUCGAGCGCGGGGAAGAGGCCAGCGGGGAGACCGCCCCACCUCGCGCAGGCGUGCACUCCUUUUACCGAAGCGUAAACCUGAGCGAAUUCACCCCCGCGGCGGUCAACAUGAAGGACCAAAUCCACGACCAGCUGAAGUUGCUGAAGAAGAAGUAUACAGAGAAGCUAAAGAGUGAAGCGACGUGCGUUCUGGCCUUCCUAUACCUAAUUGGAAUAAACGAUAACGGGGGGAAGUUACAACUGCCUUAUGGGUUCCCCAGAAAUAUUGACCACUCAGUUAGGCUUAUAAGAAAGGGAAAGGAUGGGCUGUGUAAUUUCUUAAGUGGUAUACUGUACCAUUUGAACCUACCAAUAUUUGUAAACAAUUCUUCCAUUUCUAUAACGACAGAGAUGAGCGAGGAUCUGGUAGAUUCAAAUGAGAACGCGCUGAAUAGCUUUUUUUAUAUAUACUAUAGAAACAAUGGGAAGAUAAGGAACCACCAUUUUCUGUCGAAUGAAAAUAGGAUAAUCCCAAAGGCGGUGGAUAAUAUGAAGUCGAAGAUCGUGUCCUACUCCCUGGGUUCUACGAAAGAAGAUUUUUAUAGCAAGCUGGCCUUCACCAAUAAUAUGAUCAGACUGAAAUACAAAAAUGAAGACAGCAACAUUUUCCUGAGGGACUAUUUUGACUUUACCUUUGACAAGAAGGUAUACAAAAAUGCGGUAAUGAAAAAUAACAUUUCUCCUUUUCUAUCCUCCUGUGAUUAUCUGCUGAGCAACAUCCUCGGGGCAGUGGUGGACUCGCUGAAGAACACCUCUGUCAUUGAGAGUGGGGUGUACGAGGAGAGCAUCAGUGAGAAACAUAGGCAUUUGAUCAACAACACCGUAGACCAUAAUAAGAGUUUAUUUGAGUACUUUUUGAAGCUAGCUGAUAGUAGGAAUUCCUACGCGCUUGCCGCCCUGGGGGAGAUUUACUACCUGGGGAAUGAAAGCAUAGGCAUUGAACGUGAUGAAGUGAAGGCCUUUGAGUUUUGGAAGAAGGCGGCAGACCAGGGGGAUACCACUUCUGCGCUGUCCACGGGGUAUGCCUACCUCGAUGAGUAUAAGAAGCAUUUGCGGAAGGAGGAGGUUCUCAAGGCGAUGAGUAAGGAGGACGUGCUGAAAAUGAUUAGGGAGGAGAAGGGCGGCGCGGCUGCGGAGGGGGUGAAGAAGGAACAUAGCGCAUCGAAUAAACCGGGUGCUGCGAAAGAACCAGGUGCUUCGAAUAAACCGGGUGCUGCGAAAGAACCGAGUGGGGGCUACUUCCCCUUCGCGUCUGGAGGCGCGUCUGCUGGGCUGCACACCUCGGCAGGGCAACCCGCCGCGCAGCAGGGCGAGCGGGGCGAACUGGGCGAACUGGGCGAACGGGGAUCUUCCCCGGAAAGGGGUUCCCCAGUUGGGGCCCCUAAUUUUAUGGGUACCACCGGCGCGGCUGCUGACUUUCCCAGCGGCCUGUAUGGCGGGGGGUCCGCCGGGCCAUCCGCUCCCCCUGCGCAGUUUGAUCAGUCCACCCGAUUCGCAGCCAGCGGGUAUGCGUCGGGCCAAGCGGGGGUACCCCUCGGGGGGGGCGAACAAAAGAGGGGAAAAGAAGAGAACACAGCUGAUACGUCCAGCAGCCAAAGCGAUGACAUCAUCAAGAAAUACAUGCAGGAGCUGAGCGAGGAGAGGAACAAAGCAAUGAAAAACGCGGAGCAGUACUUCCAGAAAGCCAUUCGAAAUAAUGAAGAGAGUGUGGAGCACGUUCUGGCCAAAUACAACAUUUACAAAUUCGGGCUUGGCACAGAAAAGAACCUCGAGUUGGCUGGAGAUUAUCUGAAGAAGGCGGCCGAUAAAGGAGACAACAUUUCUCAGAUGAUGCUGGGCCAUUUGUACUCCGGAACGGACAUUGGGGUUAAGGUAAAGGACUAUGAUGGGGGGAACAAAAUGGAAAAUUUAAAGAAAUCAUAUAAGUAUUAUAGCUUGUCAGCGAAGAGUGGAAAUAUUAUUUCGCUGUACAAUAAGAGCAUCUUAAUCCUUAAAGGGGUGAACCCUAAUUUGAAGACCUUCAAUGAGAAAUGUGAAAAGACGCUGAAGCAGUUUCAUUUCAUAGGACUGUUUAAUGAGCGGUUGUAUGUGCUGACUAAGUUGCUCAGGAGGAGCUACGAUUUUAGGGACUACACCGGUUCGCUUCUACUAUCUGUUAUUCUUUCCGAGCUGGGCGACCACCCCAACAAUGUGAAUGCCUCCAUGCUGUGGGAUUUGAAGCGGAGAACCAUGCAGACGUUCACGGAGAGGUACAACCUGGUCGAGGGGCUUUUGGCGGACCUUAAGAGGGGCCCCGAAAGCGGUGCCAACCCCGGCAGAAACGGCGCUACUCCCCCUUUGGACCGAAUAAUCCACCGGCUGUACAAGAAGGGAAAGGGGGGGAAGUACUACUCCCUGCAGGGGAAAGCCAAACUGAAGGGGCACUCCAUUUUGAAGAGCUGCGCGAUGGUCACGAGGAAGCCGUUCGAGGGGAAGAGCGUUCUGUUCAACGUGAAGUUUUGCCGCUACUUAAGGGACGCGCUACGCGGUGGUAGAAGCGGAGGUAGCAGCGGGGGUAGAAGCGGGGGUAGAAGCGGAGGAAGCAGCGGGGGAAGCAACCGGGCAGGGCAAACCCAGCCAGACGUGCACCACCAGGACGUGUACGAACUAACCCAGACGCACAAACAAAUCGAUCUCUUCGAAAGGUACGACCAGAUUGUGAAAAGCGAAAUGGAGAAGGGGGGCACCCCCCGAGAGAAGAUACAAAGAGGUGAGAAGAUGAAGGGGACCAUUCUGGAGCACUUCCGAACGAGCGAAUUCCUACACUGUUAUUAUAAACCCAUUUCGUAUUAUCAAAUUAAGUUGGAAGAGGAGAAAAGGCAAAGUUUGAAAGGGAACGCCCAACAGGAGAGGAGCAACCUCCUCGGGAGAAGUAGCAACCAUAUGGGGUACAACACCCCUGGGCAGGACAAAUCCCAACAAGUGAAAGAUCUCUACGAAACGGAAUUCUCCAGAUAUUCUCCCCUCCUAGAAGGUGAAGAUAUGAAGGAAUUAUUUUAUUACCAAAAUACCUAUUCUUCUAACAUUUUUGAAGAAAUCCAGAGCUUCUCCAAAAACUGCGACGUUUGCAAGCAGCACUACGAUAUAUAUUCUGCCUACUAUGGGUACAAGAAAUCCACCCUCGAUUUGAUUAGGAAGUACCGAGAGGGGGAUGAAUACACCAUAAAGAGUAAGCGGAAGGAGCUGCAGUUUCUCAUUAGGAACUCGGAUGAGGAGGACCACGAGCCGCUCUACUACAAGGCCCUGUUUUUGGAAAAUAACAAAUUAGACAGCUUGAAGAACAUUUUGCAGAUUUAUUUGAAGCUGGCUACGGACAGCCACAACGCUUGCAACGUGAUUGGCGUGCUGGGCAUCUUCAAAAUUUUGUUUAAGAAGGUCUUCUUCGACGUCACUGUCUUCUUCAGCAGGCAGAAGGCGCAGCUCAUGCGCGCCAUUCGCGAGGGGGGAAGCGGCGGGAGUGGUGAGCGCGGUGAGCGUGGUAAACAUGACGAGCGUGGCAAACCUGGCAGUGCGGCCCCUGUGCCAGCGGCCAACUCGCUCCAGAGGUACCUCUUCACCGACCUGAACUCCUGCGCGCUGCAAAGCAACUUCCUCUUCAAAUCCGAGUUUCACAACAAGUGCCUAAACUUCGACCAUUUGGUGAGCAGCAACCACGCAUAUUCGCAGCUCAGCUACCGCGACUUUUUCAAGCUCUUCUACACCGUCGUCGCCUCCUUUUUUAAGGCAGCAUAG